AUGUUACCCCCCAAAGCCAAAUUCGUCCGCGAAUUCGAGCGCAACAACACCAACAACCUCACACGCAAAUCUACAUCCACAUCCACAACCCCAUCCUCCAAAAUCUUCACCCACAACCUAAACUACACCUUCACGGCCCCCUCCGUCCCAGACAUGACCUACUUCGCCCGCAUCCUGCACUACCAACGCUACGGCCACGACGGCCUCGCCUGCUCCGGCGCGUGCUCCAGUAAUUUCACGCUGCCCAUGUACGAGAAGCAGGGGUACAUGUCGCCUUACCAACGGGCUACCGAAGGCAUCUGGCGGCUGCGGGGGUGA